AUGGAACAUCGGCGGUCACCUUCUCGAGUAGCCAUCGUUGCAAGCGCCGUACCCCACGAGACACGAAGCAACGUGACCGUGCUGCGUCACACGCAGCCUUCUCUGUGCUCCUCGCUUCACCAGACCGUUCGAGAUGGCAAGAGCAUUCGAGCUUGGAGCUUGGUUUCCACGGUGGCUGCCCCGGAACUCUCCUUCGAAGAUCUGGCCACCGUCCCAGCCGCCCUGCCGCCUCCCCCUCGAGAGACCGUUCGUGGGAGAAGGAGCGCCGUCGCCCAUGACGAUGAAUUCCGCUUCGACUACGGCUACGCUUUUUGCCUGCACCGGCAGAAUGCCUUCACGAAGUCGGGCUUUCCUGUCAUCUGCGACGGGGUGAUCUGCCGGGGCAAAACGGAGGUCUACUCUAGGAAGACUCCGCCAUUCAUUUGGUCGCGGGACAGGAGCAGAGGAGGGGCUCUCAUCUGCCCUGGCAAACCGGGCAGUCGCUCGCAUCUCUACUGCUUGAGAUGUGCCAAGACCCAGUAUGAAGCGGGCAACACGUUGGUGGAUCAAUCGGACGGAACGCCCGUAAGCUGGGAAGGGCUCUUCACCAAAUGCACGGUCUUUCCAGACGCGGAAGUCGUUCGACAAAGCAGUACCGAUGCGCUGCAAACCGAACGGGAGGUGCCGGAAGGGUCUGAGGCGGGGUUUGACUUUUGGGUGCAACAUCGGGGCUUCCUCUGCUGGCGUUGCUCGGGGCGAGGGCUCCAGGUAGCGAAGCGGACUUCAGGCGCAAAGCGGCCUCUCAUUUUGGAGGGAGCCAACUCCAGUGCUGGGGUGAAGCGGGCAUGGGGGACGGUCCUUGCUUCUGCCAUAAAGGCACCGGAAAAGCCAAAGGUGGAUAGACUACUGGAGCGGCUUCAGCAAGGCGUCCUGCUGCCUACGGCAAUCACGACGGGCCUCUUUGUGCUGCCCAGCACGACAAAAGACGGAGAUCCUCUAGAGAUUGCCAUCGAUCGCAAGGGGGCCCUCAUCAACCUGCCGAGGCUCGUGGCUAUCGACCAUACCGGUUCCUUUAGGUGCCAGUGCGGCGCAAAGACGUGCAAAGAGCAGGGACUCUCCUUUCUCGCAGAGGUUCAGGAACCGGCGAGCUGGUGGGGGCCGCUUCUGGACGGGCCCGGGGCUUAUGUGGGGCCGUACCUGAACGAACGGGUCGUUGGGCGGGCUUUCGAGGUGACGGCCGGCGAAAGGGCUGGAAGGAUUCCGUUGUCGGGGGGGCAGCUGGGAGCGAGGCUUCUCGGUGCCGAUGCAGCGGCUUGGCGGGGGCCCUGCCUCAGAACGGUCGUCGCCGUGACGGAAACAGGGCCCGCGAUCUGCAUUCUCAGGGAGGAAUCCGGGGCUUGGGUGUGCGACGCCUGCGGAAGGGAUCAAAUGUGCGGUCAUGUGCGCGCUGCAGCCCAGUUGAUUGGCAACGGCUUGGAGGAGCAGAAGCCAACGAUUCUGGAAGCGCAUGUUAAACCGGAGGCGUUUGAGGAGCUUCAUAGUUGCCGGAGGGAGCGUGUCUCUCAACGGGUCUCUCAACUCAAGAGUGGCGUGUCAAACGAUCAGGGGCUGUUCUGCGCGCCGAGGCCGGUCUCUCGAUUGGCGCCAUGCGGGAGGCCGUGGGUCCUCGACAGCCGGCAGGGGACCGUCACGACGGCCGAAGGGAGCCAUUCGGUUGUCGUGCACAGACGAGUGUGCCAGAGCGCCGCAAGAGUGGCCUCGUGCUGCUCGCUGUCAUACGACGGCCUCGAGCACGGGAUCUUCAACUUCUCAGGAGCGAACCUAAUCUCGCACAAGCUCCUGCUGGCCAACCACUUUGCCAACGCUCUCGGCGUCACGCACCAGGUUAGCUUUGAGGGGCUCCGGAUGGCCUCGGCGUCCAUCGACGGUCCCGGAGCCUCCUUCAGGUUGGACGUGUUAGAAUUCGGUUAG